GUGGUGGUGGAUUACCUGCUCUGCACGAGUGAGAUUGCGCACGUUCAGGGCCUGGUGGAGGCAGCCUUGCGCAUCGCAGUCAAUCUAAUCUAAACCCGCGACAAGCUCGACGCACAACAAUCUCGUCUGAUAUAUCCAUACGAAGCUCAUCCCCGAUCGCUUUUGUGUCGCUUUGAAGCCUGUCGCAUAUUCCGAUCUCAUCAUGAAGCCCUCGACAAUCGUUCUUUGUCUCGUCCCGACGAUAGCUAUCGCCGCCGAAGCCGACCGGGCGCCUUCUCCCACCCCCUCCCUACCGAACACCACCCCGCCUGCUCCGUUACCAGAGAUUCAGAUCCGGCCCGACCACCACCAACAAGAGAUCCGUCAAUGGCAAGAGCGGGGGAUUUCGACUGGCGAGGACACCGCCAUCGACAGCGGACUGGGGACGCUGGCCGCCUCCUCGCGCGACACCAAGGCCCUGCGUGCUCGCAGCGAGGGCACGCUCGGACAGACGCCGUGGAUCGGAAUGGCCAUCGGAUUGACCUGUACCGCGCUGGCGGCAGUCAUGCUGGGCUGAAGGAUUGAUCUGGUCAUCUGUUACCUUUGCAUACGGAGUUCA